CACACAGGAAGCGUAGGGGGGAGGAUAGUGGUCACAAGGGGAGGGGAGGCGAGCGAAAAUGAUCUCCCCUCCCCGAACAGUUUCCCUUCCCACAAAACACACACACACACACACACACACACACACACACACACACACACACACACACACACACACACACACACACACACUCCAUAGUCCAUAUUUAAAUGUCUCUUUACCCUUGGGCCACCCUCUCUCUCUCUCUCUCUCUCUCUGUCUUUCCUGGUCUUGCAUACUUUCCUUGGGAUAGAAAAUCCACAGAGUUUCUACAGCCUGUAGGCUCAAAGUCUCCUCAUCUGCACAGAGUGCUCCAGGAUCAAGAGAGGAGCCAUGUCAAGUGCAGGUGCAUGGGGCUGUCUGUUGCUGUGCCUCUCUGGCCUUCUCCUCUUGCCACCCUUCCAUUCUGGGGUCCAUGCCGGUAAAGUCCUGGUCUUUCCUGUGGAUGGUAGCCACUGGGUGAACAUGAAGCUCCUCAUCCAGGGCCUCCACGAGCGGGGACACCAGAUCACGGUGGUCCGGACGGCCAGCACCUGGUACAUCAAGGAGGAGUCCCCGCACUACGAGUCCAUCACUGUCGCCUUGCCUGAGGCCAUCAACAUCGAGGACGAGGACUUCUUUGUGUCCCUCCUCAGCAGGAUGCUGGAGAUCCAGAGGGCCGGCGCGUCGCCGCUGGCCUACGCCUCCUUCUGGUGGGUGAUUCUUAAUGGGCUGUCGGACAUCCACCGGCAGGGCAGCCAACUGGCCGUGGAGAUGUUUGAGAACCGGCCACUGAUGGACCGUCUGCGGGAGGCGCAGUACGACCUGGUGCUGACGGACCCGGGCCUGGCGGCGGGCGUUCUGGUGGCCCAUGAGCUCCAGCUGCCCACGGUGUUUAACGUGCGCUGGAUCACAAGUGGCGAGGGUCACUUUGUUGUAGCCCCCUCGCCCAUCUCCUACGUCCCCACGUCGGGCUCCAACGUGUCCGACAGGAUGAGCUUCGCCGACCGCUUGAAGAACGCUCUGCACUACCUCCUCAACGUCUGCAUCGACCGCUACGUGGUCUGCCCGCACUACGACCGCAUCGUGGCCAAGUACUUCGGCCCGGACGUGAACUUCUACCACCUGCUGCAGGCCAGUGACCUCUGGCUGAUGCGUGUCGACUUCGUGUUUGAGUUCCCACGGCCGACCAUGCCUAACAUCGUCUACAUCGGCGGCUUCCAGUGCAAGCCAGCCGAACCGCUCCCUGAUGACCUGGAGGCGUUCGUUCAGGGCUCGGGGGAGCACGGUGUCAUCCUGAUGUCCCUGGGCACGCUGGUCAAAGCCCUGCCCAUCGAGAUCACCUCGGAGAUCGCCGCCGCCUUCGCCCGCCUCCCACAGCGAGUCAUCUGGAGAUACCCGGGUGAGCGCCCCAACAACCUGGGCAACAACACCCUCCUGGUCAAGUGGAUGCCCCAGAACGACCUGCUGGGGCACCCCAAGGUGCGGGCCUUCGUGGCACACGGAGGCACCAACGGAAUCUACGAGGCCCUGUACCACGGCGUGCCCAUCGUUGGCGUGCCGCUCCUCUUCGACCAGUUCGAGAAUGUGCUGAGACUCGAGGUCCGUGGUGCGGCCAAGGUGCUCGACACUUCCAAGAUCGACCGGCAGAAUUUCUGGGAGGCGUUGCAGGAGGUGCUUCACUCGCCCUCGUACAGGGAGAACAUGCAGCGCCUUUCCCGUCUCCAUAGAGACCGGCCCAUGCACCCCUUAGACAGCGCCAUCUACUGGACCGAGUUUGUCAUGCGGCACAAAGGGGCCGCGCAUUUACGCACAGAGUCAUACAAGAUGCCCUGGUAUGCGUACCACUCAGUGGAUGUGGUCGUGUUCUUGUGUGUGGUGUUGACAGGGAUUCUGGGUAUUGUAGUCUUCACAAUUCGCUUCCUGUGUCUCAGACUGUGCAAAAGAGGCAAGUCAAAGGUGGAAUGAAGGGAAACUAUGCAAUCAUGUGGGGUUUUGUUGUCAAGCUUUAAAAAAUGCACUGGAAGUAAUAAUGCAUUUCUGAAGGAAGAGUGAAUAUAUGUUUCUCAUUAAGCUUUUACAUUGUUGUCUUUUAUUGCCAGUAAAAUGUAAGAAUUCGAAUACGCAGUAGUCAUUUCUUCAGAAUGACCUGAUUGCUGUAACUCUAGAGGCAAGCUUUACCUUACACUUCAAAAUGUUGUACAAAAAGCUUUACCUUACACUACAAAAUAUAAAAAAAUGUAUAUACGCUAUAAAAUGUUUAUUUACCCUAAUAAGUGUUCAUUGUCUUAAACCAAAAAAACACAAAGGGAUUCUUACAUUUAAACACCUAACCAAACCUUUGAAAACUAUUGAAAUGGUUUUAGAAACUCUUAAUCAAAGGAUAGACCUCCAAAGAGUUUAAGAUGAAGGGUUUGAUAUUGUUUUCUUGUUUUCUACAAUGAACAGUUUUGUAAAGCUGAAAACUUUAAGGGUAUAGAAUAUACACCCUCAUUGUUAUUUUCGGAGAAUGCACUCAAGGAGUUGGUCCAAUUUCUCUCUUUAUCUUAAAGCUCAAUCCUACUCCUUAAAGCUAUUUAUUUUAAUCCUCAAUCCUUGCUUUCACAGCUGUAAAAAAACCCAACACUUAAUUGGACCAAAAGAAACCUAUACUCCCUGGAAGAAGAAAUGGUUUUGUUUGUAAGAAAGAUGAUUCCACAGACUACUCUGGUGUGGAAUGAGACUAUAACCCAGUACAUAAGCUUCUGAUGUAAUGCUAUGAGAUGAUAUCAGUUACUGCACAAAUCUGGUUGCUACAGCUUCAGAUACUUUGUACUUCAUACUGUACUAUGUAUUUCAUACUUCUUUUUAAUUAUUAUUAUUAUUUAGCAAUGGUUUGGAAAUUAACACUUGCAUUGUAAUUCAUUAAUAGAAAUGGCAUCAAAUAUUAUUUUGUGGGUUUUAAUGAUACAACGGUAAAUGGUGAAACGCAUUUGAAAUAUCAAAACAUUUAAUGUAAUGCCAGAGUGUUGUACUGUGAAACUAUCAAAAAUUAAUUUCUCAGUGGUUCUUGAAGCCAACGAUGACUCUACUAUACAUUUUUCACAACAAUAAACCCUUGCCUUGUUUGUCCAUGGCACAUGGCACACAGGUUGUGGUCUGUA